UGAGGAGGCGGUACAGGGGCCCAUGGCAGAGUGGCGGAGCGUAAGCAGCUAAAAUUGGAAGGCCAUACAGAGGCCUAUGUUAAAAAGUCCCCCCAGCAGCAGGUGGGGAGACGACUAUCAAGAGUCCAAUGGCAGAGUGGCAGAGCAGAAGCAGCUUCAAUGAAGGCCAGACACAGGCCUAGGUUUAAAAGUCCCUCACAGUUAAUUCCAAUAACGAACUCUACUCCUCCGUGCAAUCUACUUUACGAGACCCUGGGCAGGUCUGGGUCCAAUUUGUGCGCGGAAGCCGUCAGCAGCGUGAGCAGACGACAGAGGCACAUGGCGCAGGGUGGCGGUGGAGGCAGCAGCAAUGGAAGGCCAUACAGCACCCUAUCACAAAAUGGGAACCCACCAACAGUCAGCAAGAGGAGGCGGUACAGGGGCCCAUGGCAGAGUGGCGAAGCGUAAGCAGCUUAAAUUGAAGGCCAUACAGAGGCCUA